CUACUCCAUUGAUGGCUACAGGUUCCAAAUUAUGCUGAAGAUGACAAAGGACUACUUUGGUGCCUUUGUCUGUCUGGUUUCUGGCUCCAAUGACGACAAGCUGCAGUGGCCUUGUCCUUGGAGGCAGGUGACCAUCGAGGCACUUGACCAGAACUCCCACCUCCAGCACCGCAUGUCUGCUCAGAUCAGCAUGACCACAGACCCAACGCAGAUGGGACAGAAUGCGUCUAUCUGGGGGAACCCGCGUCAUGUGGGAGUUUUGGACGAGAGCUCAGAGGGUGACUAUGUUACAGACGGUUGGGGCUACAAGCUCUUCAUGACCCAUAAGGAGAUGAGGUCUAGAGAGUUCCUUAAGGAAGAGGAUAUGUUCUUCCUCAUAUCAAUGCAAGACAUCUCGUCGCUGGCUCAGGGGAACGCUCUUCCAUGUCCCAACUAUGCUGCUGCAGAUACGCAUCAAGAGUCACCAGAUGCAUAACCAGAGCUGCUUCAGCAGGCUACAGCUCACACUUGAGUGCAGCUUUGGACUGAUGAU